UUCGUUACAUAGCUAGAAAUCAAUACAAGACCAUAAAAUUCUCUCCAACACUACUCAUCAAAAACCACACAAUACAUAUAUUAUCUCUUCUCUCUAGCUGCCACACCUCUCUGGUUCUCUAUCCUCCCUUUGAUAUAUCAGAAUUUCCAACACAAUAAUUUCUCACAUGGAAGAAGGAACAAAUCCACCCUUGCAGCCUCCAACUUAUGGAAACCUAGUCACCAUUCUCAGCAUUGAUGGGGGUGGAAUAAGAGGACUUAUCCCUGGAACCAUCCUUAGUUUCCUAGAAUCUGAACUUCAGAAGCUAGAUGGUGAAGAAGCAAGAAUUGCAGACUACUUUGAUGUUAUUGCUGGAACGAGCACAGGUGGUCUUCUUACUGCCAUGCUUACUGCCCCCAAUGAAAAUAAUCGACCCCUCUUUGCUGCUAAAGAUAUCAAGGACUUCUACCUCAACCACUGCCCUAAAAUCUUCCCACAACCUAAAUGUUUCCCAUUAUUUAGACAAGUGAAAAAGGUGAUCAGAGCAAUUUCGGGACCAAAAUACAAUGGAAAAUAUCUACAUGGUAUUGUUCGGGAAAAACUAGCAGAGACAAGAUUGAAUCAGACACUGACAAACAUCGUGAUCCCAACAUUCGACAUCAGACAACUUCAGCCAACCAUCUUUUCCACCUACGAGGUUAAGAGGAAUCCUUGCUUGGAUGCUCUACUCUCGGAUAUAUGCAUUGCAACCUCAGCAGCACCAACUUAUCUUCCAGCCCAUUAUUUUGAAACCAAAGACGAGCAAACUGGAAAAGAGAGAGAGUUCAACCUUAUAGAUGGUGGAGUUGCUGCAAAUAAUCCGGCAUUAAUUGCUAUUGGUGAAUUGACAAAGGAGAUGAUAAAGGGAAAUCCUGACUUCUUUCCGAUAAAACCAAUGGAUUAUGGACGGUUUCUGGUUAUAUCAUUAGGAACUGGGUCACCAAAAUCGGAAAAGAGAUAUGAUGCAAAUAAGGCAGGAAAAUGGGGUCUGCUGGGUUGGCUAAACAGUGGUGGUUCUACUCCUUUGGUUGAUGUCUUCACCCAAGCAAGUGCAGAUAUGGUGGACUUCCACCUUUCUGCAGUUUUUCAAGCCCUGCACUCUGAACAGCAAUAUCUUCGCAUUCAGGAUGAUACAUUGAGUGGAAUAGAAUCAUCGGUGGAUAUAGCUACAAGGGACAAUUUAGAAAAUCUUGUCAAAGUUGGUGAAAGAUUAUUAAAGAAACCUGUUUCCAAGGUAAACUUGGAGACAGGCACAUUCGAACCCACUAAUCAAGGGACUAACGAAGAGGCUCUCAAAAGGUUUGCCAAACUACUCUCUCAGGAGAAGCAGGUUCGCCUAGCUAGAUCACCCCAUGGACGACUUCUUUUAAAUUCUAAAGGACUGAAGUUAGAUUCCAUUUAAAUAGAUGUGAAUUUUAAUAAAUUAUAUUAAAAUUUUAUAUUUUUUUAUUAAAAUAUAAAAUUUUAUUAUUUUAGAUGUUCAUCUUUUAAAUGGACACUCAUGUAAAUCACAAUUUCAUGUUUCUUUUAUUAUUUUUGUAAUAAGAAGCUUAGACUUCAAGGUGUGGGAUACGUGAACUAAUAGAAUCCCUGAAAGGGUUUCUAUUAAGUUCGCAAUGCUGCAAGUUUUCUAAUAAGUUACCAAUGUUGCAAGUUUUUUCUUUCCUUGAAUAAUGUACCAAAUUGUUUGAAUAAAUUUCCAUCUUUCCCUUUA